AGCCGUUUUCCGGCAUCUUCCCCGCUCCAUACUCGGUAAAAUGGCAGAGGUCGGUCAGCGGCUGGGGAGCGGAGCUUACCGGCUGUCCGCUCUCAGAAACAGCCAGGGCCGACCGGUGUGCACCGGAGAAAGUCCCGGAAGUCUGCUGGUUAACUGCAGCUUCAGUGACAGUCGGAUAAAAGAGAAACCAGCAGCGGAGCAACGGGAAAGUCAACCGGUGGCAAAAAGCAGAGCAACACAACGCGAGUCAAAGAAACUUUACAGAGUGACAACAAGUGAAAGUCAGCAAGUAAAUGGGACUUUGCCCUGUGCUGCAUCUUUGGAGCUCGACUCACCCCGUUUCACUGGGUUUCCUCACACCAGAGAGAGUCUGCAAGCUUACAGGACAGCCCUGUACCUGUCAGCGAGACUCCAGCCUCUCCUCCUGCCUGGUAGGUUGACCUCCUGGACCAGAGGAGCUGUGUCCGUCCACCCCGACGCCUUCACGUCCCCUCAGCAGCUCCGAGCUUUCUGCACCGUCCUCUUUAUUCUGGCCGAGCGAGGGUCAGAGAGGCCAGGUUGUGGGCUGAGACUGAGGCGUCUCAAACUACAUCCCGAUACCUCCCAGGCGUCUGCGACUAGAAGCUACAGCUGGAGGAGCAACAGGAGGACACAAGAUGCUCCUCUGCUGUACAGAAGCAGGACGGCCUAUUACGACGUCCUCAAGGUGUCCCCUGGUGCCACACAGUCCCAGAUCAAGACGGCCUACUACAAGCAGUCCUUCAUCCACCACCCGGACAAGAACCCGGGGAACGAGGAGGCCACCUUGCACUUCUCUGUGAUCAGCGAGGCUUACACGGUGCUGGGCAACAUCACGCUGAGGAAGAAGUACGACCGUGGUAUUCUGAGCCAGUCGGACAUCCAAAGUGCAGGGAGACCACCCUCCAAAGAGACCACGAGCAGACCCACGGGCUCCCCACAUCAGCAGCAGCAUCAUCAACACAGAGCAUACCGGUUCUCCCAUACUGGAGGGAAGGUCAGGUUUGAUUUUGACGCCUUUUAUCAGGCUCACUACGGGGAGCAGCUGCAGAGGGAGAGGGACAUGAAGGCCAGGAAGCAGCAGCUGCAGGAGGAGUACAAGGAGAAAAUUGCCAAGAGGAGGCAGGUGAAAUUGAUAGAGAUGACCGUGGCGAUGCUGCUGACCAUGGCCGGCCUAAUAUUAGUCAAUAUUAGGUCCUGAAGAAGAAGCAGCAACCGGACGUGUCCCUAUGGAGGAGGUGGAGAGGGGUUAUGGGGGUUAACCCGGAUUUGUUUUGCAACUAAAAGCAAAGUGUUUGCAGAGUUUCUAACAGUUGAAGAGGAUUUUAUUAAGCAUGGUGCUGGAGUAAACGAGAGCAGGGUCACUGUGUCUCAGAUGUUUCAUUCACAAGCAAAUGAAUAGCUUCUGUAUUUCUUCACGUGUAGGAUCUUUAAAGAGCAUUAAACAAACAUUAUACACAACCUGAUGUAAAAACCAAAAAAAGGGAGCUGGAUCAAAAACAGUAACUCAAAUUACUGGAAACCUGGAUGGGAUUAUUUAAUCGCUCUUUCAGGAAACUCAAAAGCACUCAGUUUAUGGGUGAUAAGAUAUCAUAUUUCACAUUUAGUGGCACUUUAAUUAUAGAAAUGGGUUUCAGUGUCGUAUCACAAUCUUUUUAAAGUUCAGAUUUGUUCAGAUGUUGCAACCAUUCAACCAGUUGUUAAAUUUCUAUUUAAACCCUAAUUUAUUUACUUUCUAUUAGUUUGAAGCCAAACAACUUUUUUUGGCAGCUUAAACUCAGUUCUGUUCAUCUAAAUAUUGCAAAAGGAUGUGAAAACGAUAUGCAUUGUAUCAUGCCGAAGCAACACACAAUAAUUCUUCCUUUACCUACACGUUGGAUCUGUAAUGUAGAAGAUUACUCUGAAGAGUAACAUUCUUUCUUAUUAGUAACUGAAUGCACAUUUUGAUGCCUCCUUCCAGGUGUUUCAGUGUGUGUGUGUGUAUAUGUGUAUGUACUGUACAGACAAGAUGCCAUAUUAUGUCAAAUAGUUUAUUCUGUGUAAAGGGGAAACUGUAUGAAGUGAAUACAAUAAAACAUUUCUUCUGCA